GCAUUGAAAUGGCUUCUUACUGAAGAGGCCCAAUCGCGAGGCGGCUCUUCUUAGUGCGGCAGACGCCGAUCAUACACUGGCUUCUACGGGGCCAAGGCGGGGUUAGCGUCUAAGGACAUGGACCAAUAAACCAGGAAACACGAUCACUGGGCGAUGAUACCAUGCCACUGUUCGGCGGAAUGAGCGGAAGCAUGGACCAACCAAUAACCCGCGCUCGUACCGAUAUAGCACAUUUAAAGGUAGAGUAUGCAAGAGGGUGGCUUGCAAUGUGUCGCAUAUUUGUCAUCGCAAUACCAUCACGUUAUUCCGCCGCAAUAGACAGUGGAUCGGGGUUUAUUGGUGCGCAAACGGACUUAGCCUUCGUUGGUGGACCUCGGCAGACUUGGUUUGUGGACCCCCAACUUUCUUCAACUCAGACAUCUUGCAACUACACGAUCAAGACAAGAAGAAAUUGAAUCAUCACAACAUGGCAGACACUCCCACCGACAGACCCAAAAGUGGCCAGAAGACGGCGCUCGUUACUGGUGCCGGCGUGGGCGGCAUUGGCGGCUCUCUUGCCACAAAACUGCACGAGGCGGGCUACUUUGUUAUUUGCGCCGUUCGCCGUCGAGUAACUGCCGAGCCUCUUGUGCGCCCAGGAAUUAUCAUUGUUGAAAUGGAUGUAGCGUCGACCGAAUCCGUGGAGAAGGCUGCGCAUCUGGUUUCUUUCAUCACAGGUGGUCGCCUCGAUGUCUUGGUCAACAAUGCUGGUGUUGCCGCUCAUCGCCCAGUUCUCGAGCUCGACAUUGACGGAAUGGUGACAGACAUGUUCAAUGUCAACGUUCUGGGCGUUAUGCGCGCCACGAAAUCGCUCAGCAACCUCCUUAUCGAGGCCAAGGGCUGCAUCGUCAAUAUUGGCAGCAUUGCCCCGAUUGCGCCGCUAGUGUUUUCGUCGGCUUAUAAUGCAACCAAGGCAGCGUUGCACGCAUAUGGCGACUCGCUAUCCAUGGAGAUGAAGCCAUUCGGCGUGUCGGUUGUGACUAUCGUCACUGGUGGAGUUAAGAGCAACUUUGUACGAGAAGACACACCUAGAUUGCCCACAGAUUCUUUGUUUCUUCCUGUAGAGAAAUUUUGGCAACAGCGUGUUGUCCAAUCCCAAGACGGCGCCAUGAACACUGACGAGUAUGCGGCUCGCGUUGUCAGAAUGAUCGUAAAGAAUAACAAGCCGUUGUGGUUUUGGGCCGGCAAUAAGGCGUUUGUUGUCCGAAUCCUGUACUAUAUUUUGCCCCGUUGGUUGCGCCUCAACAUCAUGGCCAAUCGAUCUGGCUUGAACAUUUUGAAGCAGGCAGUGCAAAAGCAGGAGGCAGACAAGAAGAACGUUUAGCUUCGGUUGAGGUAGAAACCGGUAGAAACAAAAUUGUCGCGUGCUGCACGCACAGCGUCAGCCGCAGCAGCAUCCGUAGUAUUCCCCAAUGUAGCAACCACAGCUGCGGGCUAUGGGGCCAAAUAUAAUACAUUGCAAUCGUUCUCCGCUCAUCUCCGAGAUAAAGACUACUUACUCCAACAGCAAAGGCUGAGGCGCCGGACGACUGGGACGUUUCCCGAACAUUUCGGCAUCACGGAAGUCAGUUGGCAUGGUAAAGUCUCCAUUGGCAAUGGAGCCUGACGUAUGUCAAUUGGGG